AUGGAGCCCCUCGUGGAGGACAUUGAAGUGGAUGACACCGAGAUCGCAAAGGGCCGGUACGUUCCAACUUACGAAAUGCUGGACCUGUUCGCCGAGCAGCACCCGGACGAGGAAUGCUAUGUGGUCAUCGGCGAGGACCAGUGCUGCCGCAUGAGCCACUGGGUCCGCGGUGACUGGAUGAGAGACAAUGCGCUCUUCCUCAUCAUGCCGAGAAAAGGCUACGCUCCCCCGAGCGGCCCGCUGCCGGCCGAACACGUAAAGAAAUUCGUUCGCUGUCCCGUUCGAGAGGACUGUUACAUAGAAAUUAGCAGCACCCGAGUGCGCCAGUGGCUCAAAGAAGGACAAACGGGAAAGGUCGACCGCUACGUGCUCCCGUCAGUCCUACAGUACAUCCAAGCCCACAAUCUGUAUACUUAA